AUGGCCGUGAAGAAAUCCAAGAAUAAUAAUAAACACAACAGCAACAAUAAGAAAAACAAUGGUCACACUAAUGACAACUUUACUCCCGAAGAAAGAUUACAAGCCGUUGUUUUAACGGAUUCUUUUCAGACGAGAUUUAUGCCGUUAACCAAUGAUAAGCCAAGAUGCCUAUUACCUUUGGCUAACCAACCACUAUUAGAAUAUACCUUGGAGUUCUUAGCUAAGGCCAAUGUCGUGAAUGAAGUCUAUUUGGUAUGUGCAUCGCAUGCUGAUCAGAUUAAAAAAUAUAUAAUGGAAAGCAAAUGGAGUUUGCCAUGGUCACCUUUCAAAGUCAAUACAAUCAUGUCAUUAGAAAGCAGAAGUGUAGGUGAUGCUAUGAGAGACAUCGACAACAGGGGUAUCAUUACUGGUGAUUUUAUAUUGGUUUCUGGUGAUUUAGUCACCAAUAUGAAUUUUGAAAAUUUUUUGAAUUUUCACAAGCAACAAAAAAAUGUUGACAAGGACCACAUAGUUACCAUGUGCUUAGCUGAGUGUUCUCAGUUUGAUAGGCUAAGAGGACAACAGCCUGCAGCAUUUAUAAUGGACAAGAGCAACAAUCGAUGCUUGUAUUAUCAGGAGAUCCCUAAGGCUAGUUGUCCCAAGAAACUGAAAACUAGCGUUAACCUUGACCCCGAAAUUUUGGAGGGUGUUGCUGAAUUUGUUUUACGCAAUGAUUUAGUUGAUUGCUUUGUUGAUAUUUGUUCUCCUCAAGUUCCUGCCAUUUUCCAGGAAAACUUUGAUUACGAAUUUCUGAGAAGGGAUUUUGUCAAGGGUGUUUUAAGCAGUGAUUUGCUGAAAAAACAUAUUUAUUCUUAUAUCACAGGAAAUGCUAACAGUAACGGUAACAGCAGCAACAAUAAUAAUGAGUAUUGUGCCAGAGUAGAAAGCUGGUCUUCAUAUGAUAUGAUUUCACAGGAUUUACUUAAUAGAAGUUGCUAUCCAUUGGUUUUAGAAGCUAAUUUAUUAAAUGACCAAACUUAUUCAUAUGAAAUGCCACACAUUUAUAAGGAAAAUAACGUUAUCUUGGCACAAUCUUGCAAAAUUGACAAGAAUACGGCAAUUGGUAGUAACACCAAAAUUGGUCAUGGCACUUUUAUUGAAAAUAGUAUUAUUGGCAGAAAUGUAACCAUUGGAGAUAAUGUUAAGAUUAUAAACAGUUACAUAUGGGAUAAUGCUGUUGUGGAGGAUAAUUGUAUCGUUUAUCAUUCCAUUUUGGCCUAUAAUGUGAAGCUAGGCUGUAAUGUCGAAUUAAAAGAUGGCUGUGUUAUUGGAUUUAAUUGUGUAAUUGAUUCUGAUAAAGUUAUUCCAAAAGGUACAAAAUUAGCUUUGAAACCUGUUACCAAAUACUCAAAAAAAAAUGCAUUUAUGGAUGAUUUACGCGAUGGUGAAGGUUCUAGCGAUGAUGUUUCAAGCGACGAUGAAGAUUUUAGUGAGGACAUAGCCAGUGAUUCAAGUAGUGCUACUACUACUAAUACGGCUAAAGUUUCCGACCUAAAACUAUUGUCUUUAGAAAUAAUUGGUAAAAAUGGCCAAGGUUAUAUCUAUAAUAGUGAUAAUGAUGACGAUGAUGAUGACGACGAUGACGAUGACGAUGACGACGAUGAUGAGCAAAUUACUGAUAAGUCGAUUAAAAAUACUUUGUGUUAUCAAAUGGACGAAUUAUACUUGAGUGAUAGUAAUCUAUCUGGAGGUUCCAACAGCAUGAAACGUAUUAGAAGGAAAAAGAAGAGAACCAUGUCUACUACAAGCUAUGUUACCGAGGAUGAGUACAUUAGCGAUGAUGUUGAAGACGGGGAUGAUGAUGACGAAGAUUUUAAUAAAGAGGCUAUUGACACUAUAGAGAGAAGUAUGGAAAAUAACCAUGAUUUAGAUACUGCAAUGUUAGAGAUGAAUACUUUAAGAAUGAGUAUGAAUGUUACAUACCACGAAGUUAGAUUGGCCACUGUUCAGGCGAUGAUGAAACGGGUGUAUAAUUUUGUUAUGACAGGUACUUUGAAGCCCAAAGAAGCUGUAGUUAAAGUUUUUGCUCAUUGGGGUGCUUUAUUUAAAAGAGAAGCUUUUGAUGAGGAUGAAUUUGUUGAUUUAAUGAAUAUAAUAAUGAAUGAUUGUGAACAAGUAUUUAGUUCCGUUUCUUCUGCUGGUAGUGGAGUAAAACCACCUCCAGGAUUCGAAAUUAAGGCUGAUUUCAUAUUAUUCAAUUGCUUUAAUAUUCUAUAUGAUUUAGAUAUUUUGGAGGAGGAAAUUAUUUACAAAUGGUGGGAUUUAUUGAAUAAAGAUAAUGGUCAAUCUAGGGAGGUUAAUAGAUUGGUUACCAAAUGGAUCGAAUGGUUAAAGACUGCAGAAGAGGAAGAAGAAGAAGAGGAAGAAGAAGAGGAGGAAGAAGAUAAUGAGAAUGGAGCUACAGAGAAGUGA